AUGGCAUCUCCUGCGACGCGUCGAGAUGUGCCGGAAGGGGAAUCAAACCACUAUCAUCAGGACACCCCACUGACAGAAGACCCGGAAGAUACCGAAAAGAAAGAGAAGCAACCUUCAUUCAUCAAGAAUACAUGGGACAAAUUAGGCCUCGACGCCGGGACGCUGUUGAUGAUGGGCAAAGCCGCCCUGCCUCCCACAAUCGCCCUGGCAAUGCAACAAGCAGACAACGUCGCGAAAGUCUAUUCGACGCUGGGGUACCUAGUGGCCAUUAUCAGUAUCCUAGGAUUCUGCAUUAUGCCACGCGCGAAAUUCCUUCAAACAAUGACCAUGAACAUCAUCGCUACCUGCUUCGGCUCUGCCGUCGCUCUGCUUAUGGUCUGGUCCGGCGUCAAGGCACGUGAGCAUACAACAACCCCCGGUGCACCUCCGCAAAGGUACAAUUCGAGCCAGAGCGUGGUCCUGGGAGUGUGGCUUUUCUUCCAGAUUUACGCCGUCAAUGCGCUAAAAGCAAAGUUCCCGCAAUUGGCAUUUCCAGCCAUCAUAUAUGCGAUUUUAGUCAACAUCGCUGCGACGAAUGGAUUCCUGUUCCGGACGGUACCGCAGUGCGAAGCGUUCGUUAAACGGCUGCUCGAGGCGAUUUUAACAGGACUCGCAUUGGCGACGGGCGUGUCUCUCUUCAUUAUUCCGGUUACGUGUAGGACGGUUGUGUUGAAGGAGAUGACGGGCUAUAUUGGACUAUUGAGGGGUGCGCUUGGUGCGCAUAAGGCAUAUAUUCAUACCUUGGAGGAUACGGAUAUGUUUGGACAGGUGUAUGUUCCUGAAGCGGAGAGUGCGAAGAAGAACAAGAAGGCAAAGGACAAAAAGACAAAGAAAAAACCAGAGAUUGAAGCGAUUAAGAAGAUGGCAGAGGCACUAGAAGGAUUGCAUGGGAAGCUUACUGCUGACCUCCCAUUUGCGAAGCGGGAGAUUGCGUAUGGCAAGUUGACACCGGAUGAUUUGCAAGCUAUGUUCAAGCACUUAAGGUUGAUUUUAUUACCCGUACUAAGUCUGGGGUCAAUCAUGGAUCUCUUCGAGCGGGCGGCGGAGAUCAAUCACUGGGAUGGAGAAGAGACAGAAUACGACGACGAGGUUCGCAAGAAGGUUGUGAGCGAGUGGAACGAGAUGUUCAAAUUUGUACAUGAGCCUUUUGAUAACAUCUUCAAGGCCCUAGACGACGGCCUCGCACAUGUUCUCAUAAGAUUGCAGCUUGUCAAGCUACCGAAGAAGAAGAAGGGUCAGAACCAGGACGAUGCCGAAGCGAAGGGUGACAUGAUCAAGCCAGGAGACGAUGGGUUUGCAGAACAUCUAGAGAAGCAAGGCGACCUGUUCUUCCGCACCAAAGAACCGACUCUCCGUUACUGGGUCGAAAGCAAAGGCAUCAAGAUCAGCAAAGACUAUUUUUCGUGCCCUGAUGCAGUCGAGGAGGCGACGCUCAAGCUCCUGCCCAGCAUCACAACUCGGACACGCGACCAGCGCCAACUCUACAUGGUCCUCUACAUAAUGUUCCUCCUUAACUCGAUCAGCCGCACAACCCUUGAACUCGUCAAAUUCGCGGACAAACACAACCACGCGACCGCAAAGAGUAAACUCAUAUGGCCCGGUGCAAGGCGGUUCAGGAAAUGGGUCGGGAGCAUCUUUCAAAGCCAGGAUUCGAAUGAAGACGACGAAACUACAAUUGCUGCGUAUGAAAGGAAUCAUACGACAGUAUAUAUGGGCGAGGCUUACAAAUCGAAGAAAGACCCCGAGCACCUACCCCCUUCCAAUACCUGGGAGAAAUUCGGAGAUCUCAUACGGUCCUUGGCACAUUUUCUGCGCAGCUCUGAAUCCUCAUUCGGCUUCCGCGCCGCCUGCGCCACCAUGUCCAUCGCGAUUAUAGCGUUCUUGAAGGAUACGCAGACGUUCUUUGUUGAGCAGCGGCUCGUUUGGGCGUUGAUCAUGGUCGCUAUCUCCAUGACACCAACAGCCGGACAGUCCAUUUUCCAAUUCGUGCUCCGAAUUGCCGGCACUGCAAUCGCCAUGGUAGUCGCCUGGCUGAUGUGGUACAUCCCAGGUCAGCACACUGCUGGAAUCCUCGUCUUCGUGUGGGUCUUCGUUGCACUUGGCUUCUACAUUCCCCUGAAACGCUUUGACCUGGUCAUAGUCGGAAUAAUUAGCGUUGUUACCGCGACAAUGAUUGUAGGCUACGAAUUACAAGUGAGAAAGAUUGGCGCCAUGGCUUCGACAGCAGCAACAGGACAGCCUGCGUACCCCAUUCACGAACUCGGCCCAUAUCGUCUCGCUACCGUCGCUGGCGGCCUAGCAGUCGCGUUUUUCUGGACCAUUUUCCCCUACCCCAUUACAGAACAUAGUGCGCUCCGACAGGGACUCGGCGGCGCCCUCUACCUGUCCGCCAACUUCUACUCAAUAAUGCACGAGCAAGUCAUGACCAGGAUUCGAGGCGAGGCUGGUGAUGAAGAGAACGAUAAGAAGAGCCCGGGCUAUGCGCUCAUCAAAGCACGCAAUAAGGUACUCGCGAAGCAGAUGCUUACACUUCAGAGUUUAAAAAUGCAUUCUGGAUUCGUGAGGUGGGAGUUUCCCCUCGGCGGAAAAUUCCCGGUAGAAGAAUACGAGAAGAUCAUUGAAUGUGUCACCAAUAUCGUGAACUACACUGCCCUUCUAGGCUACGCAUCCCAACCCUUCACACACGCAUCCCUCAACCCACCACCACCCACAGAUGCUACAUCUCCAUCUUCCCCCUCUUCCAACCAGGUGUUUUCAAAUUACGCCUCGGAACAGUGGAUCCACGACUUCCGCCGCGUCCUCAACGACGCAAAAGUAACGUCCCACGAAACCACAUCCCUUCUCGCUCUCCUCUCCUCAUCCAUAACGAACGGUCAACCCCUCCCACCCUACCUGCACGCACCCCCAGGCUACCAGCUCGGCCAGAAACUUGAGGCGAUAGAUCAUGAUAUUUUGAGCUUGAGGCACAUUGCCGAGCCAGGAUAUGCUUCGUUUGCGGUCAUGGCGAUUAGCACGACGUGCAUACACAUGGAUAUCGAGAAGUUGCUAGCUGCUGUGAAGAAACUAGUCGGAGAGUUGGAUUUUUCGUUCCACGUUGUGAGUACGCAGGAUGAUAGUCUGAGUUCGAAUGAGACGUUAGUGAGGGGAGGCUCGAGGAGGAGUAGGAAACAGGAUUAG